AUGGAUGGGCUUGAGGUGGCUCCGGAGCAAUACAGGGGGACAGGAACAUUCGACAGCGAAAAAGAAGUCCGGACGGAUACUGCGGGCUUACACUACGUUUCCGGACCAACAAGUGCGAACCCUGGCAUACUUGAAGAUGGUUCACUUAAAACGAAAUCUCCCAAGGAGCCCAAGAGGAUAUGCGGAGUGACUUACACGGUCUUCUGGUUGCUGGUAGCUAUUGCGAUUUUGGUCAUUGGUGGUGCAGUUGGUGGUGGAGUGGGAGGAUCGUUGGCGAACAGAAAAACUACUGUCGAUUCAAGUAAACCGGGUCUCGAUGCCACUUCUACAACCUCGACAGAACCACAGUCUUCUACCGCCACCGCAUCUUCCUCUACAACCACCACUGCAUCAACUACGUCCUCCGCCCCUAUUACGUCGGGCACAAUAGGCAUCGCUGCAAAUCCGUGUCCCAGACAAAACAAGACAAUAGAGACCGGAUCUGAUGGGUCGAUAUUUACAUUGCUGUGUGCUGUCGACUGGCCACGCGGCGGGGAGCCGGCAUACGGCAACGGAAGAAUCAAAGAUCUGAGCACUAGAACCGAGUAUACUUUGAAGUCCUGCAUUGCCCAAUGUGUCCAAUGGAACCAGAAUACCUCAAACGACCCGAAAUGCAAAGGAGUUGUAUAUUCUGCAAAUUUGACUGCUUCCUUUGACGGUGGACAGGGGGGCAAUUGUUUCUUGAAAAGUAAUGUCGGCAAAUAUUAUCCUAAUAGCGAUACUUCUAUGGCCGCGGGGAUCUUGGGGGGCUGA